AUGAAACGACGCUCUCACUCUUCAAGUGGACACCACAGUGCCCCGACGCUCUCACUCCCCAAGUGGACACCACAGUGCCCCGACGCUCUCACUCUUCAAGUGGACACCACAGUGCCCCGACACUCUCACUCUCCAAGUGGACACCACAGUGCCCUGACGCUCUCACUCUCCAAGUGGACACUACAGUGCCACUACGCUCUCACUCUCCAAGUGGACACCACAGUGCCCCGACACUCUCACUCUCAAAGUGGACACCACAGUGCCCCGGCGCUCUCACUCCCCAAGUGGACACCACAGUGCCCCGACGCUCUCACUCUUCAAGUGGACACCACAGUGCCCCGACGCUCUCACUCUCCAAGUGGACACCACAGUGCCACGACGCUCUCACUCCCCAAGUGGACACCACAGUGCCCCGACGCUCUCACUCCCCAAUGCCCCGACGCUCUCACUCCCCAAGUGGACACCAUAGUGCCCCGACGCUCUCACUCCCCAAGUGGACACCAUAGUGCCCCGACGCUCUCACUCCCCAAGUGGACACCACAGUGCUCCGACGCUCUCACUCUCCAAGUGGACACCAUAGUGCCCCGACGCUCUCACUCCCCAAGUGGACACCACAGUGCCCCGACGCUCUCACUCCCCAAGUGGACACCACAGUGCCCCGACGCUCUCACUCUCCAAGUGGACACCACAGUGCCCCGACGCUCUCACUCCCCAAGUGGACACCAUAGUGCCCCGACGCUCUCACUCCCCAAGUGGACACCACAGUGCCCCGACGCUCUCACUCCCCCAAGGCCCCGACGCUCUUACUCCCCCAAGUGGACACCACAGUGCCCCGACGCUCUCACUCCCCAAGUGGACACCAUAGUGCCCCGACGCUCUCACUCCCCCAAGUGGACACCACAGUGCCCCGACGCUCUCACUCCCCAAGUGGACACCACAGUGCCCCGACGCUCUCACUCCCCAAGUGGACACCACAGUGCCCUGACGCUCUCACUCCCCAAGUGGACACCACAGUGCCCCGACGCUCUCACUCCCCAAGUGGACACCACAGUGCCUCGACGCUCUCACUCUCCAAGUGGACACUACAGGGCCCCGACGCUCUCACUCCCCAAGUGGACACCACAGUGCCCCGACGCUCUCACUCCCCCAAGUGGACACCAUAGUGCCCCGAUGCUCUCACUCCCCAAGUGGACACCACAGUGCCCCGACGCUCUCACUCUCCAUGUGGACACUACAGGGCCCCGACGCUCUCACUCCCCCAAGUGGACACCACAGGGCCCCGACGCUCUCACUCCCCAAGUGGACACUAUAGUGCCCCGACGCUCUCACUCCCCAAGUGGACACCACAGUGCCCCGACGCUCUCACUCUCCAAGUGGACACUACAGUGCCCCGACGCUCUCACUCCCCCAAGUGGACACCACAGGGCCCCGACGCUCUCACUCCCCAAGUGGACACCACAGUGCCCCGACACUCACUCCCCAAGUGGACACCACAGUGCCCCGACACUCACUUCCCAAGUGGACACCACAGGGCCCCGACGCUCUCACUCCCCAAGUGGACACCACAGGGCCCCGACGCUCUCACUCCCCAAGUGGACACCACAGUGCCCCGACACUCACUCCCCCAAGUGGACACCACAGUGCCCCGACACUCACUCCCCAAGUGGACACCACAGGGCCCCGACGCUCUCACUCCCCAAGUGGACACCACAGGGCCCUGACGCUCUCACUCCCCAAGUGGACACCACAGUGCCCCGACACUCACUCCCCAAGUGGACACCACAGUGCCCCGACACUCACUCCCCAAGUGGACACCACAGGGCCCCGACGCUCUCACUCCCCAAGUGGACACCACAGUGCCCCGACGCUCUCACUCCCCAAGUGGACACCACAGUGCCCCGACACUCACUCCCCAAGUGGACACCACAGUGCCCCGACACUCACUUCCCAAGUGGACACCACAGGGCCCCGACGCUCUCACUCCCCAAGUGGACACCACAGUGCCCCGACACUCACUCCCCAAGUGGACACCACAGUGCCCUGACACUCACUCCCCAAGUGGACACCACAGUGCCCCGACACUCACUCCCCAAGUGGACACCACAGGGCCCCGACGCUCUCACUCCCCAAGUGGACACCACAGUGCCCCGACACUCUCACUCCCCAAGUGGACACCACAGUGCCCCGACACUCACUCCCCAAGUGGACACCACAGUGCCCCGAACUCCCCAAGUGGACACCACAGUGCCACGACACUCACUCCCCAAGUGGACAUCUCAGUGCCCCAAAAUGUCAGCUCACUCUAUUUCUCCCACAGGAUUCCCUACCAUAGCUAUUUCGGAGGUGGUUGUCUCAUGA